AUGUCUAUACCAAACAAUCACAGCAAGGUCGAACAACUCCGUGCGCUCGUGCGCCUCCUCUCCUCUGCCGCCGAGACCGUUAUCCAGCACUGGGAGGCCUCCGCCGACACCGACGUGCUCCCAGGACCCGCGACGCAUACAGUCCCACCACGCGAUCUGUUCGACGCGCGGCGCACGCUCGUCGGUGCGUGCGGAAUGUGCGUCGCGCUCGUCCAGGAUCCGCUCGAACGCCUCUCAGAGGUGACCACCGCAUACAUGCCUGCCCGUGCGCUGCAUGUAGCUGCGGACGUGGGGCUGUUUGACAUGCUCGCGCAGGCAGAUGCGCAGGAGGGGAUGUCCGUGCAGGAGAUCGGGCAGCGGACGGGGAUCAAUGCGGCAAAGCUUCGUAAGUAUACUUCCCUUGCCUGGUUCGUUAGCGAACGUGCUGCACGGAAGCUUACGCUCGCCGGUCUUGUUAAGCCUCUCCAUUUCGCCAACAACUUCACAACCCGGGUGAUCGUCGGGAACAAGGAGUUUCAGAACUGGUUGAUCAGCUCCGGCAAGGUAAACUACCCUGCAUCAUGGAAACUUCCCGCGGUUCUCUUGGAUCCCGUUAAGACGCAUUCGCUUGCACCGCGCGAAAGCCCGUUACAGGAAGCCCUCGGGAGCAACCAGACAUUGUUCGAGUAUCUGGGGGAGAAGGUGGAGGCUCACGAUGGCAGCCUAGUGCACCGGCCCGAGUUACAGAUAUACCAGCUUGCGUUCGCCGGGCUUGGACAGCUACAUGCGCCAUCACUGUUAAGCGAUUAUCCGUGGGGCACGCUAGAUGGGUCAACAAUUGUAGAUGUCGGGGGUGGCAUAGGUUCGAUGUCCUUGGAGCUUGCGAAGAUACUCCCGACUGCGAAAUUCAUCGUACAAGACAUGGAGCAUGUGCUCACCCAAGCUCGGAUUAAAUGGUCAGAAGAUUUCCCCAAAGCCAUGGAAGAAGAUCGCGUCCAGUUCAUGUGCCAUGAUUUCUUUACACCGCAACCGAUUGCAGGCGCGGAGAUAUACCUGAUGCGAUACAUUUUGCACGAUUGGGCCGAUAAUGAAUGCAUCACGAUCCUCAAGAUGCUCCGGGACGCCAUGACUCCUGCCUCGCGGAUCCUUGUUGCAGACCAAAUCAUCCACCCGACGGUUGGAUCAUCCGGGUUGCAGUCAGCGCCGUGGCCGCUGCCCGCAAACUACGGAUCUGCGCACAUGUUCUCACAUACGCUAGAUAUGACGAUGAUGUGCCUGUUGAACGCGAUGGAGCGCACGCCGGACGAGUUCAGCGCGCUGGCGAGGACCGCGGGUCUGGUGAUUACGAAAGUAUGGCAAUGCCGGGGGUACAUGGCAGUUGUUGAAAUGCAGAGGGAUGAUAUCUAG